AUGCCGCAAGAGGCCAGGUGUCUCGGGAUGUACCUGGGUCUGGUCGAGGUCUGUCAGAGGCGAGUCUUGAAGAGUGCCGGCGCUGAACUCCUCGGUACGGCCAUCCUUGUGCUCAUAGGCUGCGGCUCGGUGGCCACUCUCGCUGGCCCAGGGGCCACCAUGGCAGUGGCCUUCAGCUUUGGCCUGGGGCUGGCCAUGGCCAUCUGGAUAUUUGGCCAGAUCAGUGGGUCUCACGUUAAUCCGGCUGUGUCCCUCGGAUUUUUCCUGACUGGCCACAUUGGCCUCCUGAAGCUGUGUGUGUACUGUGUGGCACAAGUGGUGGGGGCGUGUCUAGGCUCGGGGCUCGUGUGGCUGACCCUCCCACACGGGGCUGUCAGCCAUAUUGGUGCCACAUCUCUGGCACCUGGACUCAUGUCAUGGCAGGGCUUCCUGGUGGAGAUGAGCACAAGCUUCCUGCUGGCCCUGACCGUGUUCUCCAGCUGUGACCGGCUCAGGACUGACCACUCCGGCUCCACAGCUCUCAGCAUCGGCUUCUGUGUCACGGCCAACAUAGCCUGGAGUGGCAAUCUCACAGGUGGCAGUAUGAAUCCAGCACGAUCGUUUGGUCCAUCUGUGUGGACCGGUCAGUGGGACGACCAUUGGAUCUACUGGACUGCCCCGUGUGUCGGGGGGUCAGUGGGUGCUCUGGUCUAUGAAUAUAUCUUCGCCGUACGCACGAGCAUGCAGAGUGAUGACGUCACCCCCAGGGAGCACCGAGGCGAUGACGUCAAGCGUGGGCGUGACUACACGGUGGUGGUCGACUCGCCUGUGGACAAACUGGCCAGCAGCCCCUCCCCCCUCAGCCCGGUCAAAACUUGGCUGACCCGGUGCAAGCUGGCCCGGCUAGACAGCGCGGGGAGCAGGAGAGACAGUGGGCUGGGGUUCAAUGAUGACGUGUCAGAACAGGGGAGCGUCGGUGGGAUGACCAUCUACAACACCGGCAUGGACUGGGGCGGCGACAACGUCAGCAUCAUCACCAAACUGUGACAGCACACAGCAGCACUGUGACGUGUGACACCCACUGGUGUCAGCUGGCGGGAUGUCACGUGACAUGUCAGCUGGCAGGAUGUCACGUG